AUGACAAAACAAAUUCUGGAAUGGGAACGCGAAACUAAACGCAUCAAAUUGAUUCACACUACCCCUAGCAACACUCACUGCGCUCCUGUACAACGCCGACUGCAGAAAAUAAUUAAUGAAUUUCAGCCUGCCAGCUAUAGGCUUCAAGUGCAAGCAUGUUGGCUUUGUGUGGGCAUGUCAGUCGUGUAUCGUGUGUCUAUCAUUUUGACCAUUAUUAAUCCCUUCACAUUUGGUACGACAAGCGGCCUUAGCACAGCAGCAUCGAAUGGCGGACGCAUGCACCGAUCAUCCCGUGUAAUCUCAAUGAGCCACUCUAAAUUUUGUCAAUUUUACGCCCAAGUGAGUACUGUCUUGCGGUGCCCAGCUGUGGUUGAACGUCUCAGUGCACGAAAGAGUAUUCGGGGUCAAGGUGCUAUUAUUGACUGGCAACCUUUCGCGGAAUUUCUACAAAAGCUAACCGAAGUGUUUCAACGGUACAAAUACUUUCAGUAUUUGGCUUUUACGGCUCAGGCAGACGCCAAGACCAUAAAACGAAGCAAAGUACAGCUCGAGGCUUUUCUGUCUGACUGCUGGUACACGUUAGUGGAUAUUCUCCCAUUGCUUGUGGUAGAGCCAUAUUUAUUAGCAUCACUGGGAAGCGAAACGAUCAGCAUUUAUCUGUUAAUGCGUGACUUUCUCUCGCUUCCCGAAACCAUAUUGGAUGCUAAUUUUACUUAUGCGAAUGCCGUUCUCAUUCUCGACGAUGUGAGUUUAUCACCUUCUUACUAUGACCAUUCGUGUAGCAUAUGUCUUGAGCCGCUUAUAUUAACUGAAGUGAUCGAACUCUCGCCAAAUGACAAGAGUUGUAGCAACAGUUGUGUCAAUCAAGCUUGCAGCAAUAGUUGUCAAAGUGAAAAUACAUCUUCCGUAAAACUGCCCUGUGCGCACAUUUACCACGAGGAUUGUAUAAUGUCGUGGAUGCAACAUAAUCCAAGUUGCCCCGAGUGCCGUGCCGUUGUGGUGAAGGGAAUUUAA